AUGGCUCACCCAAGCAAGGCGCGGGAUCGGCCAAGUAGACCCAAGAAGGCGAAACCCCCAAAUGCCGUCGAGGUCGCCUUGAACACAUGGUUCGCAUCGCUACCAGAGGGCGUGCUAGCGGACCACAAUAUCCAGGCACUGGUGGCCCAAGCCCCCAAGGGAUGGAGCGUCUACGAGCCCAUGGUCCUGCUCCCGGCUGGCUCCUUCACGAGCGAGGCUUGGAGGGCGGUCCUUGAGCACAUUCCAAGCGGCGGCGCCGCAGAUUUGUGGGAGAGGAUUCUAGCCAAUAUCCCCAAGCCGUCCAGACAUGCCAAGCUCACCCACCUAGCAGCGAACGAGGGCAUACCGCUGCACAGCGGCGAUGGCGCCGAGGAGAACAUCCUCCGGAGCCCCAUCGGGCUGCGGACCCUGUACGGGGACUUUGGGCCUUCCGCUGUGCUGGAUGCUGCGAAGCGCAUCACGCCCGAGGACCUUGACAAAGCCUUCUGGGUGUCCACGACGCAGAACGGUAUCUACCAGAAAUGGGCGCCGCGGUGGACUAUGUUCAGCCGCGGGAAUGUGAAGGAGAAGGCACGCCUUCUAGAUUUUCACAAGCCAUCUCCAUCACAGAGCCGCGAGAACAGGGUCAUGAGCCAGAAGGCGCUGAAGAACAGGUGGGCCGUGGACCUGUACGCGGGCAUCGGGUAUUUCACCUUCUCGUAUGCCAAACUCGGCCUGCACGUUUUGUGUUGGGAGCUGAACCCUUGGAGUGUCGCCGGCCUCAAGCAAGCUGCUUCGCCCAAUGGGUUUGACGUUCGGGUAAUCGAGGGGGAGGACCUCCAGAAUCUCGACAUGCGGACAAUACUCGCGCAACCGUCACAGAUCACCGUCUUUGUCGAGAGCAACGGCGAGGUCAGAAGCUUGAAUACGGUGGAGGUCCUACACAUCAACGGUGGGUUCCUACCCACGAGCGAGCCGACGUGGCAGGAUGCAUGGAAUCUUGUGCGAGAGGGUAGAAAGGCGUGGCUACACUUGCACGAGAAUGUAGGCGUCAAUGAUAUCGAGAAGAGGAAAGCCGAGAUACUGCAGCUUUUUGACGGGUUUUGCACCUCUGAAGGCCUAAUGAGACAUAUAACGGUGGAACACGUUGAGCAAGUCAAGACGUUUGCACCUGGAGUAUGGCAUUGCGUGUUCGAUGUAUACAUUACGAGGUAA